AUGCAGAGGGCCACACGACCCCUGUACUACGUGCGUCCCACUGGCGUUCUACUGAAUUUUUUUCCCCUAGGAAAGUGCAGUGGUCCAGUGAACGCACAUGUGCUUCUGCCGUGUAAUAAUCUAGAUGGGAAGACAACGCACCACAUGAAAAAGAUCCAGGGACAAACGAAAGACCCCCAGCUUGUGCUCUCGCGGAACGAUUUGAAGCUACAGUGCGAGUACUGUCAUUUUCAGUGGGUCCAUGACACACUUUGCGUGCGCUGCCCAGCCCAGCCAACGCACAAUAAGCGUGAGAUGUGGUUGCAGCCGACGUGGAUGUGGGGCAAGCAGCAGCCGUAUCAGUACUAUAAAUACAUGCCCGCGGUGCGCAAUCCCAGGACUGGCAUGCUGUUGGCUCGUGAGGAUGCAAGUGGCAUGAACAACGAGAGACGUGGACAGGGGCUAACCACGAAAACGCUCCUUCUAGAGAAGGAGAGGCGGGGCAUUUCGAGAGCGGUGAGCAACAUUGGGAGGUACAAUACCCGCUGGCAGACGCGUUUCCCCUUUCCAGUGUAG